AUGUGCCAAGAGCAGCAGCAGCAACAGCCACAAAUCUCUCUCCCUGUCAAUCAGGGCCUGGUAUCGUUUCCACCGCCCCGUCAUGAGUUGUCUGCACCACCAGCAGUUCCAUCCGAGGGCAGUCACAUGCGAAAGCGGCCGCUUUUCCUCUUGGACAAACCGCCUCUUGCCCCACGCGCUAUCCAGCCUCGGCCAGCUGCCAGCACGGCCUCUUACAGUAGUGAGAGCGGCGCUUCUGCGCUCCUUUCCCCGAGUCUGGAUAGUAUUACGACCAAAGGCGAGCCGCCCCGGAAACGAGGCCGGCCAAGCAAAGCCGAAGCGGAGCGACGAAAAGCGGCUGCGGAGGCUCGAGGCGAAGCAUACCCUCCUCCCCGAAGGUCGGGAUCUCAUAGGCUGAAAGCUCCUUCAACACCAGCCAGCCCACCGGGAGUCAUGUCUUCAAACACUUCGUUUACGCCUCAGACGAGUAUCCGGCCGGUGGAAGUCCAGAACCCAGAGCUGCGCUAUGCACCGCCGCUUGGGAGGCCAGUCACGCUCAUGGCACCCAUCGAGGACGGACGAGCAAGAGGGGUACCGAGUCGUGACCCGGCACCGAUACUAAGAGAGCUUCCAAGACCGACCGACAAACGGCAGACUCUACCUUCACCCCAACCGCUACAACUGAGCCGCGCAGAGCCGGUCGCGCGGAUGGAUCCCGGGGAGCGACCAUUUGAGCCUCGUCCCUCCGAAAGAUUCUCCUUUGGAGACAGCAGUCGACGUAUCCUGACCGAUCCUGUAAGCAGACGGCCAGAAGGGCCCGCAUUGUCUACUCCUGAAGUACCUGCUGCCACUUCAGCCGAAAGAAGACCCGAGUGA